AUGGCACCAAGCAAACUUAGAAAAGCAAUUGGUGCUGUCAAGGACCAGACAAGCAUAAGUUUGGCCAAGGUAGGGGGAAGUAACUGUUUGUCCGACCUAGAAGUUUCCAUUGUCAAAGCCACUAGACACCAAGAGUACCCACCUGAGGAGAGGCAUAUUCGAGAGAUUCUAAGCUUGACUGCUUAUUCUCGAGCCAAUGUUGGUGCUUGUGUCGACAAUAUUUCAAGACGUCUUGGAAAGACCAAGAAUUGGGUUGUAGCACUCAAGUCAGUAAUGUUGAUCCAUAGGUUGCUCUCUGAUGGUGAUCCCUCCUUUGAGCAGGAGAUUUUCUUUGCCACUAGACAAGGAACCAGGCUUCUUAACAUGUCUGAUUUUCGAGAUACCAGAUCUAACUCAUGGGACUAUUCUGCACUUGUUCGUACCUAUUCUUUGUACCUUGAUGAACAACUUGAGUAUAGGAUGCAAAGCCGUCGUGGAAAGCGCAGUACCUAUGCCUAUGAUGAAGAUUUAGAUAAUGUUCAUUCUGAAUCCGUCGUGGUGAAACAACUCACUCCCUUAAGAGAAAUGAAGAAUGAGGAUAUUUUCUCAAGGAUCCAAUAUCUUAUUCAACUUCUUAAGCGAUUCCUAGCUUGUAGACCCGCAGGUUUAGCAAGGACCAACAGAACUGUAUUCGUGGCUCUCUAUCCACUUGUGAACGAAAGUUUCCAGAUAUAUUUUGAAAUAACAGAAAAAAUAACUAUCCUAAUUGUUAAGUUCCAUGAACUAUCAAUUACCGACUCUGUGAAGGUUCACGAGAUCUUUUGUCAUAUUAAUAAACAAUAUAUUGAGCUUGAACAGUUCUACAACUGGUGUAAAAUGGUUGGAAUUGGACACUCUUCUGAAUAUCCAGACAUUGAGAACAUUCCACAGAAGAAACUUGACCUUAUCGAUGAAUUUAUACAAGAGAAGUCUAUAUUAGGACAUAAUGGGAAUGCAAUGUGUUAUGAACCUAAAAGUGAGUUGAUUGAAAGAAAUCAUGAGCCAGAAUCGGAACUAGAACAAGAUAUGAAUGCAAUUAAGGCAUUACCACCACCAGAGGGAAUUCCUGAAGAAACAAAUCAAGAGAAAUAUAAAGAAAAAGAAAAAGAAAAAGAAGAAGAAAAGAAAGAGGUGGUGAAAACCCAAGAUGUAGCCGACUUGUUGAACUUGGGUGAAGAUGCAUUAACUAUGGAAGAACAUGGAGAUCAAUUGGCUAUAUCACUCUUUGAUGGUGUUCCAGAAACUAGUGGUCCUUCAACAACCACUUCACCAUGGAAAGCGUUCAAUGAUUCAGGGGAUUGGGAAACAACACUAGUUCAGCACACGAGCCAUUUGUCAAACCAGAAGGCUUCCCUUCCUGGAGGGUUCAACACAUUAAUAUUAGAUGGAAUGUAUCAACAAGGAGCAGUAGCUCAGAUGGUAGCCAGCUCAGGUGUUGUAGCUACUGGAAGUUCUAGUAGUGUUGCACUUGGAUCAGCUGGUCGGCCGUCAAUGCUAGCCUUGCCUGCACCUCCAUCUGCGGAUGGAAGAGCUCAAAGUACAACUGGGACAAGCACUGACCCUUUUACAGCAUCACUAGCAAUAGCUCCACCAUCAUAUGUUCAGAUGUCUGAAAUGGAAAAGAAGCAGAGACUAUUAGUAGAUGAGCAGGUAAUGUGGCAACAAUAUCAAAGGGAUGGAAUGCAAGGACAAAUAGGAUUAGCAAGGACGCAACCAAAUCCUUAUGCAUACAACACUGGAGGUUAA